CAGUCGUCUGUCGUCGAGUCUAGAAUAUUCUUUGUGUUGUGGGACCGAAUGUUAAUUUUGCGUUGCAAAAUACGAUAAAUAAUAAGUCGGUUUAGGAGAAUAAUUGAAAACGUUCAACUAUUUUGAAAUGUUUAGCAAUAUAGUCAUUUUUGUUUGCCUCGAGAAAGUGUGUUGCGUUUAGUGUAGCAAAUUGCCAAGAAUUUCGCUGCUCCACAUUCGCUCGUGAUCGGUGACAACGCCAUACAAACAGCUCACACGGCAGCAGAGUGCACUGCCUGCUGAGUGGUCAGUGAACAUCUUAGGCCUAGAAAUAAUCUAGGCAUAUAUUUCAACGUAUUACAUCAAUAGAAUUCGGUAUCAGUCAGAUUGUAACUGACGGUUUGCUAAGGAGUAUCUAUCUAGUGAAGAAUGGGCGUUGAUUGCGAGGCCCAGGCAGAGAGAAAGUUUACCGCCUGGGCUAGGCUAGUUACUAAGCGACUGGAACUGAAAGACUAAACUACGUAGGGGUUGUCCUCGAGACAAAAACCAAAACAGACAAAGAAAGUGUUCAUGAUCAAGGCUGGGCUAGGUAUUUAAAAGACAGCUACUGUACUCUUUGUUUCAAGGUAUAUUUUACAGAAGAGGUAGAUCUCAUGAAUGUAUCUAGCUAGAAGCAGUUUUUAGAAGCUAAUGAUGUAAUGAUUGACUGAAGAGACAGCAGAGAGAGAAGAAUCAAUUUGGAAACAGCUUAGUUGUUGUUGACAUAGGCUUAGGCGUAGGGCCUACACUAAAUCUAACAUUAACAACAUUCUUCACCAAAAGUAACAGAAGAUGCAGAACAAAAAGCGAGUGCCUGAGCUACUUCUGAGUUUAGCACUUGUCCUAAGCCUGUUUAGGUCUGAAAAUGACAGCAAUACAAGUCAUCUAUUUAGACUUCCUGAACUAAGAGAUAUUCUGCUGGGACAGACAGCACUCUUGACUCAAACUGAGUUUCACAACAUUUUUAAUUCUGUACAAGGAGACUAUGUACAUCCCAAAGGUAUACAAAGGGACUCAAGAUUUCUACACUCCCUGAUUCAUUCAAUCGAGCCUGAAAGAUGGAUGGAUAUGUCCCAAUAUCGGGAGGUCACAGCUUUACUGUUAGAUCGGCUAGAAUCUAGUAAUGAAAUACAGUUAUAUUUGGGUCAUGCAAAUAACAAUGGCGAGGAUGAAAAUAUCCAAGAGAAUGAGGAUGAAAUUGGUGCUAAUGCAAUGCCACAAAGUCCGACUGAUGAACUUACUCAGGAGGACAUGGACGUGAUUGAACGACUCUGGAGGCAGGAUAUCGAUAUGGGAAUCUGUCGAGAUGAUUCCUUGUCAACAAAAGAGGGAUACGAGCUCGAGAAGCCUUUAAAGAAGCCAGAAGAUAAUGCAUGGGACAAUUUCAGCAUUGAUAAUGAGACAGGAGAGUUCAUGCAACCAAUAAUAGAUCCCACAAAUCAAGUAAAUACUCAACAAAUAACAACAAUACCGCAGCAGCCACAGUUACAAUUCCCUUGCCAGACCCAAGAAAGUGGAAUGACAUUGGAAGAAUGUUUGCAGAUACUUGAAGAAGACAUCUCAUAUCCUCUACAGGGCCCACGACAGGAACCAGAACCUGCAAUGCACCAUCAAAUGCACACUCCACAAGAGCUGGAGCAACGUUGGCAGGACUUUGCUUCAUUAUCAGACAUUAAUUUAACUCUACCUGCCAUCAAUCCUGAAGUUUCCCCUGAAUUUAACCCAGAAUUUCACCAGCAGUCUGUCAUGCCGGAAAACUUUGCAAUCAACUCAUCAAUCAAUUUUGGCAUGAACUUUCCAAACACUACAGAAAACUUGAACAUGUUGCACUACCCAUCCAGUCACCAGACCACAAACGUAACCGUUGGUAUGCACUCGUCAGACGAUGUAUUUUCUUCGACGCCGUCGUUAUCCGAUCUAUCCGUAAACACAACAUCUCUACCCUCUGCGUCUUUGCAUAUACCUGGCACAGGCAUGAACUUUACAAACUUGUUGAUUUCUGAGACCAACCGUAGUAUUACUGAUGAGUAUGGCGGGCAAAAUGACACAUCAUCAUCCUCGUCACGAAACAGUACAAGUCCGUUAUUGCUUGACCUGUUGAAUUCGUCAAGUCUGGACGAGGUGGACACGAUGGAUAUUGAUGGUCAGAUCCGUGAUGUAAUGGAUGUGCUUGAUGAUGGAGAUUCAGCAAUUUCUCUCGGAUCAGUUUCACAGUACACUGAACAAAGUGACAGUUCCUCUCUGUACAGCGGUAGUGAUGAAAGCUCGGAGGGCGCUGUUGGUUAUGACGGAAGCUUGGACCAGGACGUGAAGGGGGCUUCAGGAUACAGUCGAGGAAAUACGCAGUAUGGUGGCGAUCGACAAGGCCAGACCAAUAACGGUAAACAGCAAUCUAGUAUGAAUAACAUAGCUCACAACCACACAUAUAGUGACUUGAGUUCUCGAAAUGGCAGUGUCAAUGGCACCAACAGUAAAAAGAACCAACAGCAGAAGAAUGAGGAAAUGGGAUCACGGUAUUCACGCGAUGAGAAGAGAGCCAAAAUGCUGAAGAUACCAAUUCCCAUUGAAAAGAUAAUCGAACUCCCAGUCGACCAGUUCAAUGAACUUCUAAAAAAAUUUGAACUGAACGAUGCACAAUUGUCACUAAUUAGGGAUAUUCGCCGUCGAGGGAAAAACAAAGUUGCAGCGCAGAACUGUCGGAAGAGGAAAAUAGAUGCAAUAUACACGAUAGAGGAAGAGAUCGAUUUGUUAAAAGCAGAAAAAGACCAGUUAUUAAAAGAGCGAGGGAACAUUGAUAAAGAGUCGCAAGAAAUGCGUGACCGCUACACGCACCUUUACCAUGAGGUAUUUCAAAGCCUCCGGGAUGACCAUGGUGAUCCCGUCAACCCCAACAAUUUUUCUUUGCAACAGAUGCCAGAUGGUACCGUCUACUUAGUACCAAGAAACUCAACUUCACAAGAUGAGGAAGAGAAAGACAAGUAAUCGAGCCCAAAAACCAGGACAUUGUUAUAAUUCAUGCAACUCAGGUAGUGGGUAGAUUAAUUGAACUCGUGUAUCAUAUUGUGUUAGAACUCAAUCACAAAUUUGACCAAAGUUUGAAGAUAUUCUAAAAUGUUAUGUUCUCAAUAUUCAAUGGAUAUCAUUGAUAUUUAUACUACACUUGCAAUACUAGUAGAAUUCUCAACUCGCAGAUAUUUUUUUUAAACAAACACUAUGUGCAUUAGAGCUUUCACUGCAGAUCCUCUAAAAUUUUUUUUUUUAUUUGUGUCAACCUAAAAAAUCUUCAUGUACAUAAUUGAAAGCAGACAUAUUGUUGAUAAAUUAUCAGGUUUGUUGAAACCUUUGUAAAGAAAUUGUAAUAUUUUUUUUGAUCACAAGAUAUAUUAUUUCAUUCUAUUCUUUAAUUUAUACAACUGUUUUUAUAAGGCAGUGGUUAGAUGUGAUAUUUCUGAGGGAGUAACAUAUGCAUGAUUUUAUUUUUAAAAUGUGUUAAUGACUCCCAAUGAAGCUGAUGUCUAGAGUACGGUAGUGCAUAUGUUUUGUCAGUUAUAAGUUGUCUUAUUCUAGACAUAAACCGAUAAAAGUAGAAAUGUUCACAACCUGAAAUACCCAGUCCAAAGCGAUGGUAUCAGAUUCUAGACAAUCGUGGCUUUAGAGUAUAUAUUAUCUAAAUUUUAUUCCAAUUGUUUUCUAUAUUGAAUCUAUACAGAGAGGUAAAUAUUACUGAUAUUCCUCAAGAUUAUAUAUUGUGAAAAUCUAUAAAAAAGCUAUAUAAUGUUUUCUAGAAGCCAUAAUGUGUAUAAGGAAAGCAGUCUGGCUACUUAAGUGUGAGAGAUAGGCGAGAGUGUGUUUUUUUUUUUUUUGUUUUUUUUUUAGUGAAUUAUUGUGUCAUCAUUUAAAAUGUGAAAAAAAGAUGUUUUCAUAUUGGAAGGUAGUUUGUUUUGAACAUGUACUUUCUAUAUACAGUAUUUGUAUAAAUUGUAAAUAUUGAGUUAAUUUGUACAGUUUUGCUUUUGGAGAAUACUGAAGACUUAUUUUGCUUGUCUUGGAAGCAAUGAAUUUUAAGAAAUAAAACAGAAAAUACAAGGAAAACAAGAAA